AUGUCAGAGGACUUUCCACUUCCUCGACUGACCUGGAAUCCAGCCACAGAGUCUUUCUCGAAAGGCGCGCCUAGGAAACGCGUUAGAAGUAGCCCUCCCGUCUCCAGCGAUCCAGCCAUCUUCUCUAGCGACGACGACCCAUCCGCAGACAACUACACGCAGGAACGGCGGAAACGCAAAUAUCGAGGGCCAUGGUAUCGACAGCGGCCGGAGCCCGAUUCGACAUCGCAGGAAAUGGGUGAGCGGGAUCAGCAGAAAAAGAAGAGGCCGUUCGAGAGACAGUUUGAUAGUGGGGUGUUUAUGGGCAGCGAUGGCACGGAUAUGGGAGAGGGGUUGGAGGAAUUAGAGGUUGCGAAUACGUCUGCGUUGCCUGUGAGACAGUCGCGGGAGGUUCAGACAGAUAGAGUGGCACCGUCGCCCGAGGAACUCGCUAGAGCGCAGAUUGAGUCGUGUCUGGAGGAUGGCAAUGAGAUCAUUGACUUAUCGUCGCGAUCAUUGAUGAGUCUAUCCAGUGCUACUAUUAGACCUCUGGCUGCUUUCACUCGUGUCCCAACUUCUUCCGAAGCCUUCUUCCCCUUGCAGCCCAAGCUUAAGCUCUUCCUCUCUUCUAACAGCUUAACAACACUACCGGCUGAACUCUUCAACCUCGAGCGCCUUACCGUGCUGAGCCUACGCGACAAUGAAAUACAUGAAUUGCCUCCAAGUAUUGGGAAGUUGCGGCGUCUAAGAGAACUCAACCUCUCGCAAAAUGGCCUUCGAUAUCUCCCUUACGAAAUCCUUGACCUUCUCACCGAAACCAGUGAUCUGAGCAGUUUACAUUUACAUCCGAACCUGUUCCAUGAAGCACAGUUCCCGGACAGUGGAGAGAUGGAAGUGGAAGAACUCCCGUACAAAAUCGGGCUUGGAAACCGGACCCCCAAAAACCCCUUCAAGGAUGCAGCUGUAGCAUAUACAGCCAAUCAUUCAGGACCUAACUGGCACCCGAGGUGGAAAGUCAAGUUCCAAGCCCGCACCGAUAUCAGAUAUCUAGACAUAACGGGGAAGCUGGUGAAAGGGCCAACCUUCAACCAUUCGAUACCAGUCGCUGAUCUAGACGACACACCUCAACCACCUACCUCUCGUGGCGCUAUCUCCCGCUCUCCUUCCCUAAUAGAAGUGGCUCUUACCGCCUGCUGCCGAAGUCCUCAGCUUCCCUUUCUCUCGGAACUCCUGCCCAAGGACAGUCCCGAGUAUCUACACACCAUGCUGGCGAACGCUGCUGUCAAGAAAGAAUCUGGCGGGAGUUUGUGUACGAUAUGUCAGAGGAGUUUUGUCCUUCCCCGCACGGAAUGGAUCGAGUGGUGGGAGAUUGCGAAGAAUUUGGAUGAGGCAGUUCCAAGUGCGGCAAGUCCGUUGAGGCAGAGAGAGAAUGAUAGGGAUAUCUUGGAGAGUAUGGUGCCGUUGAUUAGGAGGGGUUGUAGUUGGAGGUGUGUGCCGGAGAAGUUGGUGAAGGUGGAUGAAUGA